AGCGCAGUUGCUGGGCAACCACAGCUGCGGGCGUGGUCUGCGCGGGGUUGCCCUCCUGUUCUGGCUUAUCAGGGGAUCCCCAAAGAAAGCAAGGGGACCAAGGCCGGGACUGCUGGGGUGAAGGUCCGGGAGGCUGAUUAAGGGGACGGAAGGGCACAGGCCAUGGAAAGGAAUGACAUCAUCAACUUCAAGGCUUUGGAGAAAGAGCUGCAGGCUGCACUCACUGCUGAUGAGAAGUACAAACGGGAGAAUGCUGCUAAGUUACGGGCAGUGGAACAGAGGGUGGCUUCCUAUGAGGAGUUCAGGGGUAUUGUCCUUGCAUCACAUCUGAAGCCACUGGAGCGGAAGGAUAAGAUGGGAGGAAAGAGAACUGUGCCCUGGAACUGUCACACUAUUCAGGGAAGGACCUUCCAGGAUGUGGCCACUGAAAUCUCCCCGGAGAAAGCCCCCCUCCAGCCCGUGACGUCUGCUGACUUCUAUCGUGAUUGGCGACGACACUUGCCAAGUGGGCCAGAGCGCUACCAGGCUCUACUGCAGCUUGGGGGUCCAAGGCUCGGCUGCCUCUUCCAGACAGAUGUGGGAUUUGGACUUCUUGGGGAGCUGCUGGUGGCACUGGCUGAUCACGUGGGGCCGGCUGACCGGGCAGCGGUGCUGGGGAUCCUAUGCAGCCUGGCGAGCACUGGGCGCUUCACCCUGAACCUAAGCCUGCUGAGCCGGGCAGAGAGAGAGAGCUGCAAGGGCUUGUUUCAGAAGCUGCAAGCCAUGGGCAACCCCAGAUCCGUGAAGGAGGGGCUCAGCUGGGAGGAGCAGGGUCUGGAGGAGCAGUCUGGUGGGCUCCAGGAGGAGGAGAGGCUCCUGCAGGAGCUGCUGGAGCUGUACCAGGUUGACUGAUGCGGCAAGCUACCCUCAGAGGUCCCAGUGGUCACUGGAGGCAGUUUUUUGGUUGUUGUCUUGGGGGUUCUGCAGGACCAUAAUAAGAAACCCACACCUGGUUCCCUUCUCAACUUGGAAUUUUCAGAGCAAAAACAGGAAUCAAGUCUUUCCCACUUCUCCAGUCCCUCAGUGUCUCGCUAUUUUGAACUGUGUGUAUCCAUGGACAGUCAAGAGCUCAGGAAGUUGAAAGCGGUUUUGUUUCCCACCCUUAGAGUCUGCCAAGCCUCUAGCCCACUGGCCUUGAGAGAUGAGUGUGUGCCCAACCAAAUGCUGGCUAUACCAGUUACAGCCUCCACUCAGAAAAAGGAAAAAGCAAAAUCUUUAUGGUAAACAAACACUGAUCUCCACAGCUCUUAACAAGAAUGUUUAUAACCCCAAACCAAUGAAUGGACAUGUAAUCAACAAAUGAUCAAAUACUACAUCAUUUGAGGUGUUGAAUUUUCCCCUAGAGACUCAGUUCUUGUGCAGGUUGGGCCUGGGAAAGGCCCAAGCCAUCAGCUCAGGUCCAGCCAGCCUCCCGGAUGGCCAGAUAUGCAGGAGGGUGGGUUUCCUUCAUCCCCCAGGUUGAUGAAAGACUUUUCCACCAGGCUGGCAGGGCAGGGCCUGGAGCACUGAGGCAGAGAUCUCCCUGCCCGAGCACCUCAGCCCGCCCUUCUCAUUCCGGUUUCCUUUGACCCAUUCUUGGGUGAGCGCCAGUGUUCUAGAAAGGGGAGUAAAGGCCAGGUUCUAGAAUGGCUUUCCCCCCGCCGAGAUCAGGUCUGGAAUGUUAGAAGGGCAUCUUGUACAUCCACUGGGAAUAAAUUGCCUUGCACUUGGCGGCUUCCUCUGCAGAUUGUUGCUGCUUUUCCUGGCUGCAUAAUCCUUUCCUCAUCCAGAGGCUUCCGCUUAGCAGUGCUUUCUAGGAGCCCUAUGAGCCUUUAAUGCCCUGGUUUUGCCCUGCCCCUCUGACCCCUGCCUCCUUCAGGCAUGCACCUGGCCCUCACCACUGUGCUCCUGUGGGCAUGGGGGAGUCUCCAGGCCUUUGAAAUUGUGGAGAAGGAAAACAUUUUUCAGAAGACCCCCUGCCCUGCUUUCCUGAUGUUUGAAAAUGCAGCCUACCUGGCCGACAUGAGCUUUGAGCUUCCCUGUCACUGCAAACCCGAAGAGGUGCCAGCUGUAGUCUGGUUCUACCAAAAGCACCUAGGUAGCAGCCACACCAAAGUGCUGACGGACUUCGAUGGGCGGGUGCUGACGGAGGCAGCCCAGGUACGUGUGGGCAGCGACAUGCUGACCCGCUUCAGCAUCCGCAUGUUCAGCUUGUUGGUUUUCAGGGCUCAGCCUGAGGACUCAGGCCUGUACUUCUGCGGCACCCGCAGGGGGGACUACUUUUACGCCUACGAUGUGGACAUCCAGAACAGUGAGGGAAUGGUGGCCACUUUCCAGGACGAGGGCCAGGAGCCCUUCACAGAUGAAUACUAUGGGCACCUCCAUGUCUUCACCACCUUCUGGGAAUGGACCCCCUGUGACCGCUGCGGAGUGCGUGGGGAGCAGUGGCGCAUCGGCCUCUGCUACCUGCAGAGCCCAGACCUCUCCCCACGCUACCUCAAGGCCGUGCCUGAUGUGGUGUCUUGUGGCUCAAGGGCUGUGCCAAGGAAGCUGCGGACCAAGGCCAGGGACCACACGCCUGAGGUGCUGGUUCGGAGCUGCUUAGUACCCUGUGAGAAGACAAAGACCAUCCGGGAGGGCGUGCUGGCCAUCAUUAACUAUGUGUCCAAAGUGGGCAGCCGGCCCUGGGUGCCCCAGGUGCCCAUUCAGUUCCACCAGCAGAGACUGGGCCAUGGACUCAUCAUCUCCUGUCCUGGGGCCCGGCCAGAGCAUGCAGUGGCCUGGGACAAAGACCGCCAGCACCUCUACCGCACACAGUACCUGAAGGGUGUCAACAGGUCCAUGAGGGUGUUCAUUGACCACGGCAACCAGCUCCACAUCCGCUUCACCCAGCUGGAUGACCGGGGCAUCUACUAUUGCUGGAGGCAGGGUGUGCUAGUUGCUGGCUUCCGGCUGGGUGUGAUAUCUCGUGGGCGCUACCCAGCCUCGUUCUCAGAUCCUGAGACUCGCUCAGCUGUGGAGCUCACCCUGAUAGGCUACCUGCUCAUCACAGCAGUCUUUGUCACCAUUCACCUCUGUCGUUGCUGCUGCUACUUAUUUCACUGUUGUCCCAACUUCUCCCCCUAGGAGCUCUCUUCAGCUCUGAAGACCAGUUGUCCUUCAAUAUGUUUGUUAAAUGAUACCAGAUGUCUCUGGGUGGGUACCCUGGGUUGGGACAGGUGGUAGGAACAUGUGGACAAAUCUGUUACAGCUUGCUCCCCAUUUUCAUGGGCAGGUCUGGGACCUGAUCUGAGAAGUGGAGGGGCCUGAGGCUGGUGGGAGAUUGGGGACUGAGCUCAGGAUGGAAGUAGGGCACAUGUGUUUCCUGACUUCACAUUUAGGUCAGAGAAGGAAAGUGUGAACUCAGAUUUAUCCAAUGGUAAACACUGAUCAGUGUUGAA